GGUUAAUUUUUUCUUUUGUUUUUUUAAAGUUAAUGAAACAGGUUUAAGCAAAUGAUAAUUUUUCUGAUUUCUGAAUUGAUUUAAUAUACCUAUUUGUUUAAUUGAAUUCUGAAUUCUUUUGAUACAAUAGUUUGGGUUUACAAUAUGAAUAUAUAUGUAAGGGUUUUGUGAAUUGAUGAAUUGACAUAUGAAUUGAUUUUGUUGAUUAUGAAUUUACUUUAUUGUUGAUGGUUGUUGCUGUGAUGAAUACCAUGCUUCUUCUAACCACCGGUUCUGUUCUUGUCGAGGCUUCGCCUCAUGAUUUCUUUCGGGGUGGAGGUCGAGAUGGAGAAGGCUUAAACUAUCUUGGUCGCUUAUUGAUGAAGCUAAGAUCAGAGUUUCUUGGUGAGUCGUCAUCAUCGUGCGAACAAUUGAAGUUUUUAACAGUCGUGAGAGAAGAGUCCCAAGGUCUUAAUGACCUUUCUUUAGCAGGCUUAUCCAUACAUGAUGAUAUUGAAGGCUUGAUGUUUCAUUCUUCUAAAGGAAGUAGAUAUAUAUUCAAUGAGCAGGAAGAAUUAUCUCAGCAGCACAUUAAUGGCAAUAACUUCUUAGAUGACAUCUUUGCUGAGAAUGCAAUCGUGGAUGAUACUAAUUUGAACCCUUUGGAGUUCUUAGCUUCUCUGUUCCCUGGUUUUGCUGCAGAAAGCCUUGUGAUAGUGACAUUGGUUUCAAUUCGGACAUUGGUUCAGACUUUGAUUGAAGCUUUUGAUGGAAAGAGCUAACUUGUUGGGACACCUGAUGAACUCAAGUUUGCUCUUUCAGAACCGGUUGUUAUUAAUGUUAUUGUUGAUCUUUAUGCCAGUUCAGAGAGUCGGAGGCUGCAACACAAGAAUUGAUUUCCAGAUUUUAUGUAUUAUACUGAAACUAUGCUUUCUAUGGUUUUCAUUUUUAGAUUUCAAAUUACAUAGCCUUGUGGUUUUCUAUAGUAUACCAUGAUAUGAUAAAGACACAAACUAUAUUUCAUGAAUCUACACAAAUGUAAAAUGUUACAUGAUCAUAAUAAAUACUUGAAUGAUGGAAAUUGAAUUUUA